AUGGGAUAUGUAGCUAUGCACUUGAAUACCCGGCGCUACUACCUUUCUGAGAUACACCAGGCACAAAUCCCCGGCGCCAUGGUGCCAAGUAACGUCGGACUGGCUGCGGGUGUUCGGCUCUUACAGGAUCCCGAUCUUCGCCCCCGGGCCCCUGCAGCCGUCGCUGUCCAUAUCGAGACCGGAACCGAAAGCGGGCGUGCACGCGUCGGGAUGCGUCUGGGUUUCCACACCUGUUAUUAUUCGCGCGAUGACGUGCGAACUGCAUUUCGUGGGUGA